ACUCUUGGUUGCUGUGAUUUUUGUCAGGGAUUCUGCUGUGUGUGUGAGACAGAAGGAAUCAGCUUUGUUGUUUCUCCUCUUUUUGAGCAUUGUAGACAGUUAAGUAUUGGCAGUUUGACACCCCUUUUGUUGAUGGGCAUGUCAAUAUGAUUUUGGAAGUUUAGGUGCUGUUAUCCUUUCUGGCAGAACCUUUGCUGCAUUUGUGCAGAAACUGUUUGAGACUUGGCAAAAAGACAACAGCGAAUGUUUUGACCAACUAUGUGUGUCGAAUGCUGGAAGAGUGAGCUUUUCAAAGAGAGAUUGUGUGAUGCUGAAUAAACAGGACGUGACAAGGAAAACAAAUGUCUUCUGCUACUUAAUGAUAAAAGAAAAAAACUGAGGCAAAGCCCAGGAGCUUCCAUGUGAAACAAAUGCAAAGCCAUUUAUUCAACAAAAGAACAUGACUCUCUACACUUGACAGGACAAUAUCAAGCAGUGUGCAGGGUAGAAGGGAUCAGGACCCAUAUGUCAAUGGUCUAGGAUGGCCAGUGAAGGCUCCAACAUCCCAAGUCCUGUGGUGCGACAGAUUGACAAACAGUUUCUGAUUUGCAGCAUAUGCCUGGAACGUUACAAGAACCCCAAAGUACUUCCCUGUCUGCACACUUUCUGUGAGAGGUGCUUGCAGAAUUACAUUCCAGCCCACAGUUUAACCCUUUCUUGCCCAGUGUGCCGGCAGACCUCCAUUCUGCCAGAGAAAGGGGUUUCUGCACUCCAGAACAACUUCUUUAUUACUAACCUGAUGGAUGUCCUGCAGCGAACACCAGACAACAGCAUCGAAGAGUCCUCCAUCUUGGAGACUGUCACAGCUGUUGCUGCAGGAAAACCUCUCUCCUGCCCCAACCAUGAUGGAAAUGUGAUGGAAUUUUACUGCCAAUCUUGUGAGACAGCCAUGUGCCGGGAAUGUACAGAGGGAGAACAUGCAGAACACCCCACUGUACCUCUCAAGGAUGUGGUAGAACAACACAAGGCUUCACUACAAGUCCAGCUGGAUGCUGUCAACAAAAGACUUCCAGAGAUAGAUUCUGCACUUCACUUCAUAUCUGAAAUCAUACGUCAGUUAGCCAACCAAAAGGCUAACAUUGUAGAUGACAUUCAUUCCACUUUUGAUGAACUACAGAAGACUUUAAAUGUGCGAAAGAGUGUGUUGCUUAUGGAACUGGAAGUGAAUUAUGGCCUUAAACACAAAGUCCUACAGACACAGCUGGAUACCCUGCUUGAAGGACAAGAGAGUAUUAAGAGUUGCAGCAACUUUACAGCCCAAGCACUCAACCAUGGUACUGAAACUGAAGUUUUACUGGUUAAGAAGCAAAUGAGUGACAAGCUGAAUGAGCUGGCUGACCAGGACUUCCCACUGCAGCCCCGUGAAAAUGACCAGCUGGACUUCAUAGUAGAAACAGAAGGAUUGAAGAAAUCCAUUCACAACCUGGGUACUAUUUUAACCACUAAUGCCGUAGCAUCUGAAACAGUUGCCACAGGUGAGGGGCUGAGGCAAACUGUGAUUGGACAACCUAUGUCAGUUACCAUAACAACCAAGGACAAAGAUGGGGAGCUCUGUAAAUCUGGGAAUGCUUACCUCACUGCUGAACUGAGCACACCUGAUGGGAGUGUGGCGGAUGGAGAAAUACUUGACAAUAAAAACGGCACUUACGAAUUUUUGUAUACUGUUCAGAAAGAAGGGGACUUUACUCUCUCACUGAGACUUUAUGAUCAGCAUAUCAGGGGCAGUCCAUUUAAACUUAAAGUGAUCAGAUCAGCAGAUGUGUCCCCUACUACUGAAGGAGUUAAGAGGCGUGUUAAGUCUCCUGGCAGUGGCCAUGUGAAGCAGAAAGCUGUGAAAAGACCAGCUAGUAUGUACAGCACUGGCAAAAGAAAAGAGAAUCCUAUUGAAGACGACUUGAUCUUCAGAGUGGGUACAAAAGGAAGAAACAAAGGAGAAUUUACAAAUCUUCAGGGGGUAGCUGCAUCUACAAAUGGAAAAAUAUUAAUUGCAGACAGUAACAACCAGUGUGUACAGAUAUUUUCCAAUGAUGGCCAGUUCAAAAGUCGUUUUGGUAUAAGAGGAAGGUCUCCUGGCCAGUUGCAGAGGCCCACAGGAGUGGCUGUGCAUCCUAGUGGUGACAUCAUUAUUGCAGACUAUGAUAACAAAUGGGUUAGCAUAUUUUCAUCAGAUGGAAAAUUUAAGGCAAAAAUUGGAUCUGGAAAACUUAUGGGACCAAAAGGUGUUUCCGUGGAUCGUAAUGGGCACAUCAUUGUUGUGGACAACAAAGCAUGUUGUGUAUUUAUCUUCCAGCCAAAUGGAAAAAUAGUAACUAGGUUUGGUAGCCGAGGAAAUGGGGACAAGCAGUUUGCAGGUACACUUGACGGUCCCCAUUUUGCAGCUGUAAACAGCAACAAUGAAAUCAUUGUUACAGAUUUCCAUAACCAUUCUGUCAAGGUAUAUAACCAGGAAGGAGAAUUCAUGUUGAAGUUUGGAUCUAAUGGAGAAGGCAAUGGACAGUUUAAUGCUCCAACAGGAGUAGCUGUAGAUUCUAAUGGAAAUAUUAUUGUAGCAGAUUGGGGAAACAGUCGAAUACAGGUUUUUGAUGGAAGUGGAUCUUUUUUAUCCUACAUUAACACAUCUGCUGACCCACUUUAUGGUCCCCAAGGUCUGGCGCUAACUUCAGAUGGCCAUGUUGUAGUUGCAGACUCUGGAAAUCACUGCUUCAAGGUCUAUCGAUACUUACAGUAACAGUGGGCUCUGGAGCUGCCUGGCCCUUAACAAACAACUGGUUUAAUCGAUCUCUCUGUGGGGGAUGUGUACUUUAAUUAUUUUUUAAUGCUGAAGGAGUCUCCAGUGGACUUUUCAUGUUUAUUUCCAAACUUACCUUGUUUACAUAGGACUUGCACUUCUUAUGUUCCUCAUUGAAUUUAUUGUACGGGUUAAUAAACAAAACCCUCCUUUGCUGAAUUCAUUAGGACAAUGAAAUAUUAAACAUGUGAACUGCAGCUUGUGGAACAGAAAUUUAAGUAGUUGACUAAUUUUGCAAAUAAAAUAAAAUGAAAAUAUCUAAA